UUGAUCUAUGAUAAUAAUCUUAUGACUAUAGUAAGAGCCCACCAAGUUCAAGUUGAUGGAUAUAAAAUGCAUCGAUGGGAUGGGCCAAGCAGUUUUCCAUACAUUAUUGCUAUCUUCUCGGCUCCAAAUAAUUGAGAUUAUUACAGCAACAAAGGAUCAGUGCUGACAUUAGAGGAAGGAAAUGUAUCUAUAAAUGUGAAUGAUGAAGUCAGUUUACACCAAGUGGCAAGAGGAUGAAUCUCUAGAUGAAGAAGGAUUCAAAACAGCAACUGACAGUAAGGUAUAUUUUUGUUAAUGAGAUAAUCCUGGAAUAGCUAAAGAAAGAGCAAAUAAAAUUAGAGGAAAGGUUAAAGCAUUUGCUAGGGUCCAAAAAUAAACAAAAAUCUUUCACAAAAGUCUUAAUUGAUUUUUAAACUGAAAGGAAUGGUUCCUGAUGGAAAAAUCCCAAGAGGUUUAUUAUUUGAACAAAGACCUACAAUCAAAGAUUCCAUUAUGGAAUUCAAGAGAGCCAAAGAAUUGGACAAGAAGAAUGAAAUGAGACCAAAGAAGAAGUAAA